AUCACACUUCCACAGUAACAAAAUCUGGAACCUUAAAUCGGGGUCGUAACCAAUGUGAAGAAGCCAGAGAGGACAGCCCUGUCAGAAGAAUGAGAUGUGGUCAGUCGAAGAGCGACCAGCACUAGUCUGAAGUUUACCUCCCCAUUGCGAGGGAACAUUCCAACCAGCAUACAGCUGCACUACAUCAAGGAGCACUACACAAAAAGAAGAAUGCAUUUCUUUAUUUUUCUCUUCGUGGGCUUGAUAGUGAAACAAUCCCAGUCCAGGCCCGGACCAAACCUUACAGACACUGUAGAAGUUAAGGAUAAAGACGUCCAUCAGAUAAACCAAGGACAAGGCCUGAACCUUUUUGAGGGUGACAUAUUGCGGAGUAGUGCAAGGAGCGCAAUUUCAGACAAUCAGUACCGAUGGAAGACUCCAGUGCCCUACACCCUUGAUGCUGGCCUUGAUAUAAAUGCUAAAGGGGUAAUCCUGAGGGCAUUUGACCAGUUUGCUCUGAAGUCAUGCAUCGAUUUCAAGCUACAGGACACAGAUCAUUACCUGUUUUUCAUUCAGAUUCUCUUGCAUCUUCCUUUCAGGUGCUUUUCUUAUGUUGGGAAUACUCCUGGCAGAACAGGACAGAUUCUUUCAAUUGGAGAAUACUGCGAUCACAUUGCUAUUGUUGAGCAUGAACUGCUACAUGCUCUAGGCUUCUGGCAUGAGCAAUCUAGAUACGACAGAGAUGACCAUGUCACAAUUGUGUGGGAAAACAUCAUGAAAGGUAAUGAGCACAACUUCGAAAAGGAGUUUCAAAAUGAGACCACCACACAAGGUACUCCGUACGACUACGACUCCGUAAUGCACUACGGACAGUUCGCUUUUAGCAACGGAAACGGAUCAACCAUCAUCACAAAGCUGCCUCAGUUUCAGAAUAGGAUUGGACAGAGGUUGGACAUGAGUCACUAUGAUAUGGUGGAGCUCAACGGACUCUACAACUGCACGUCCUCCGUGGCACUUUUGGAACGGUGCAGCUUUGAGAACGGCACGUGUGAGAUGAGCCGGUGCUCCAGGAGCAACCUGACCUGGAGCAGCGAGACGUUCACCUCCGCUGGCCCCCACUCCGGUCACACCAGUCUGGGGGUUUCUGCAGGACCAACAAGCACUACCUCCAAUGAAUUCAGCACCUCAGCUCCAGAUAAUAGCACAGGACCAACAAGUUCUCCCUCCAAUGAAACCAGUACCUCAGCUCCAAAUAAUAGCACAGACAUCUUCAUGCACUUCAGCACAGCCAAUGGUGUGGAAGGAGACAGAGCCAAAAUGGAGACCAGGAAGUUGACUCUCAGGAGAAAUUGCACUGUACAGUGCCUGCAGUUUUACUACUACCACAGUGGAAAUGAGUCUGAUCAACUCAACAUCUGGAUAAGAGAAUUUGACAAUGAGUUUGACACAGGAAAUCUGAGACUUAUGUGGCAGAUCACAGGCCCACCAGCUGAGUACUGGCAGCUCCAGCACGUGCCUCUGAACGCCACAAAGACGUUUCUGGUGGAAUUUGAGGGGCGAAAAGGAGAAGGAAGUUCCAUUGGCGGCUUCUCCAUUGAUGACAUCAACUUGUCUGAGACGGAGUGUCCCCAUCAGACUUGGCAGAUAAGGAACGUGGAGCAGCUCAGUGCUGCCAACACAUUCCUCCACAGCCCAAGAUAUUAUUCCAGGGACGGCUACGGGUAUCAGAUUGUGGCCUAUCUGAGACCAGAGUCCACCGGGGUUUUUGUUCGCUUGGUGUCAGGGGAAAAUGAUGAUCAACUGCAGUGGCCAUGUUCCUGGCGCCAGAUCACAAUUCUAAUGCUGGACCAGAACCCUGACAUCCAGCAGCGCAUGUCCAGGCAAAUGAGUUUCACUACUGAUCCCACAUCACCAUACAGUUACCUAUGGGAUGACCCUCGGAACGGUGGAACCUUAUUCAAUGACUCGUAUGGUGAGUCAUAUUAUGUGAAUUAUGGCUUUGGCAACGGAAUCUUCAGGACCGUGGAAGAAAUGAGGGACGGAGGCUUCAUCAAAGGAGGGGACAUCUUCAUCCUUGUAAGCAUGCAAGAUAUUUCAGAACUACGCUUUAACAAUUCCCUUGCGUGCAACACCAUGCUACCGCCACGGAACUUCUCGAGCGACCGCGUGGACGACGGCCCCUGCGUGGCGCCCCCCACACAAGCCCCCACACAAGCCCCAACAAGCUCCUCCAUGAAGGUGUCCUCUUCUGUGAUGGUCAUCCUCAUGGGCUGGGCAUUGCUGUGGAGUCAUUGAAAACGUGCCUCCUGAUCGUUGUCCUUCCAGAACAGCACGGCCUCAACCCUGGUCUCCAGGAACCCCCGGGUGUACUGCUUUCGAUUCCAACCUUAACUGCCGUUCCUGAAAUAAAGAACUUAGCAUUGUUUAUAGACAUUUUAAGGUCUCACGAUCACUGACACAUUAUGUCAGAGACAGACAUUCAUGUUACAAAAAAAUUCCAUAUUACAGUUUUACAGUUCGUAAAAAUUAUGAUUUGUUAUAUUUUCUCCAAUCACUGUAUUGUAGCAAAUGUCUCCUUUUGGAAAGAGGCUGUUUUGGACUGAUUCACUGAUGGUCUUUCAGCAAAAAAAAAAAAAAAAUGAAUUAAAAAAUGCUUAACUGCUGGUCACUGAAGCCAAACCAUUUCUGGAAAACAAAGAGUUCAGAGACCUAGCAAAUGGUAACUAGGGUAGAUAAUCCGUUAUGGAGGCAUAGAUGUGUUUCACUUAGUUAAUCCUUUUAGUCUGUGUGGAACUUUGGGGUGUUACUUAUUAAUGAGGGCAUGAAGUUGGACUUGGUCACCUUUGAACCAGUUUGUUCAGCAGUUGUCCACGACCAUGAAAUGCACUUUUUUGUACGUCGCUUUGGAUAAAAGUGUCUGCCAAAUGAAUGUAAUGUUUGUCCAAUGUUUCUGCAUUCCCAUUAUUUACAUUAUGCAAUCAUCUCAAAGAUUUAGAAUUUAUAUGACAGUUCUUUUCCUUGCUAUAAACGUGUUUUAUUAGAAAUCGUAUGGUCUAUUAAAGGAGGUUAUUCAAAAAUAAAAGACAUGUCCCUUUUA